GCACUCAUAUAUAAAUCCAUCUCCAAACACAUAAUAAGAUGCACCAAAACAUCUUGCAUUCAAUUCUUUCAUCUCCAUAUACUCCCCAUAGUUUCACAGAAUGGCUUCUAGGAGGAUUCUAAAAGAGCUCAAGGACUUGCAAAGAGACCCUCCCGCCUCAUGUAGUGCUGGUCCUGUGGCUCAAGAUAUGUUCCAUUGGCAAGCAACAAUCAUUGGGCCAAACGAUAGUCCGUACGCCGGUGGAGUGUUUCAAGUUACUAUCCACUUCCCUCCAGACUAUCCUUUCAAACCCCCAAAGGUUGCCUUUAGGACCAAAGUGUUUCAUCCUAAUAUAAACAACAAUGGUAACAUUUGUCUUGAUAUUCUCAAGGAUCAGUGGAGUCCUGCCCUUACCAUAUCCAAGGUUUUGUUGUCAAUAUGUUCGUUGCUGACAGAUCCGAACCCAGAUGACCCGUUGGUCCCAGAAAUCGCACAUAUGUACAAGAUAGACAAGGUCAAGUAUGAAGCCAUGGCUCGGAGUUGGACUCAAAAGUAUGCCAUGUACUGAAAAAUCAACGAAGCCGGUUUAUGUAAUGUAAGUAAUAACAUAUUCUUGUAUGAAAUUUAUAAAGCCUCACGAGAUGGAACGAAAUUUAGUUGGAUUAUGAGGAAUAUGAAAAGAAAUUACGCCCACGAUGCUGGUGUAAUGGAUUGUUAUGAAAGUGAAAUUGGAGUCUGAUUUGAAUUUUCAAUAAAUGUCCCAUAUUUUUUUAAUAAAA